UUUUUUCUUGCACGGCUUGAUGACACCGAUGCACUGGAUGGGUUGGUGAUGUCUUCCUGUUGAUAGAUACCAGUACAAGCGCAAACAGUAAAGGCAACCACAAUGAGAUCUUCUACUAGUACUAAUACACGGAUACCAGUAGCGAUUCUUAUUGCGCUGUGCAGUUCUCUACAGGGAGUCCUAGUAUGGUCAGCAAAAGAACCGUGCAGCUACAGCGAUGUGUCCGGCUUGGCGUUCUGUAACACGUCUCUUCCAGUUAGAACCCGAGCCAUUGAUCUCGUGUCGAGAUUGACUACGGACGAAAAGAUUGAACAGCUCAUGAUGGAGGCUCCUCCCAUUGAAAGAUUGCACAUGGAUGCCUACAACUACUGGUCCGAAAGUCUUCACGGCGUUCUGUCCUAUUGCAGUACAGACGACAAUAAAACAAGAUGCCCCACAUGCUACCCCAUGCCCAUUGGAAUGGGAGCCACCUUUCACCAAAACCUGGUCCACCGCAUGGCCACACAAAUAUCCAGCGAGGCACGACGCUUCUUUGUCCAAGAUGCCGGAAAAAACACGAGCAGUCUGCAAGACCGGCACGUCGUAGGACUCGACUUUUGGGCUCCCAACAUUAAUAUCGUCCGAGAUCCACGAUGGGGACGUGCGGCCGAAACCCCUGGAGAAGAUCCCUUUUUAAGUGGUCAAUACGCUCUCUCCUAUAUCAAAGGAAUGCAACAAGGAGACGAUGAUCCAAGCUACCUCAAAACCAUUGCUACACUCAAACAUUUUGCAGGGUAUUCCCUCGAACAUUGGAAUGGGAGUAAUCGCAUGAGCUUUAAUGCCAUUAUUUCGGAUCAGGAUUUGGCGCAGACGUACUUGCCCGCGUUCCAAGUGGGCAUUACUCAAGGGCGAGCUGGAAGUGUCAUGUGCAGUUACAAUGCCGUGAAUGGAGUGCCAUCCUGUGCCAAUGACUUUUUGCUGCAAACACUACUAAGAGAACAGUGGGAUUGGGAUGGUUAUGUCGUCAGUGACUGUGGAGCCAUUUCCUAUGUCUACCGACCUCACAAGUACAAGCCGACACCCGAGCAAGCUGUGGCUGCAUCUCUACAAGCGGGAACAGAUUUGGAUUGUGGCAAUUACUAUCAACACUUGAAAGGGGCCAUGCAGAACGAGUUGAUCACGGAAACAGAUCUCGAUAGAGCAUUGGUGAGACUUUUUAGCGCUAGAAUCAAACUGGGAAUGUUUGACCCGUGGCACAUGCAACCGUACAUGAAUUAUCCUCCCGAUAUUAUUGGGCAUCCAUCCCACGUCGAAACUGCUUUGCAAGCGGCACGAGAAUCGAUUGUCUUGCUCAAACAUACCCAAAACGUACUACCGCUGGACAAGAAGAAUGGUACGAAGAUUGCCGUCCUGGGACCUCAUAUCCACGCCAAAGCAGCACUGUGCGGGACGUAUCACGGAACGGUGCCCUCCAACAUGGCGAGUCCGCUGGAAGCUCUGCAGGCGAAGUUUGCCACGGUGUUUGGCAUGGAGGGAUGUGACAUUAAUUCCAACAACACGGACGGUUUUGCAGCGGCAGCGCAACAUGCCAAAGAAGCCGAUGUGGCAAUCCUCUUCAUGGGCACCUCCACGGCGAUUGAACAGGAGGGAAAAGAUCGAUAUGAGAUUGGCUUGCCGGGUGUGCAAGAAGCGCUUAUCGAUGCCAUUGCUCAGGUACAAAACAAGACGAUCCUGGUCCUCAUCAAUGGAGGACCGUUGGAUGUUUUUGCUGCCAAGGACAACCCCCACGUCGUGGCAAUUCUGGAAGCCUUUUACCCAGGUAUGAAGGGAGCGGAAGCAAUAGUAGAUGUGCUGCUGGGAACGUACAGUCCAAGUGGUCGCCUCCCUUACACAAUGUAUAAGAAGGAUUACGUCGACCAGAUUUCCAUGACUGACAUGUCCAUGACCAGCGGUCCGGGUCGCACGUACCGAUACUUCAAAGGUGAGGUGGUGUACCCCUUUGGAUACGGUCUAUCCUAUACAUCCUUUGAAUUCAAGUUUUUGGAUCAUCAUGGGCUCGAUGGUGAGAUUACGGAAUUCAAGGGUCCUCAGUACAGAGUCAAUGUGACCAACACUGGGCCGAGGGCGAGCGACGUAUCCGUGUUAGCCUUUGUAUCCUUCGAGGGCAGCGACAAAGAAUUUGCUUGCCCUCUUUCGCAGCUAUUUGGCUUCCAAAAGAUACACCUGCAACCCAAUGAGAGCAAGACUGUGUUCUUUUCUGUCGCCCCGGCCUCUUUGAAAUGCUACGGCCUCGCCCAGCAAUCACUCUCCAGCCCUGUGGGCACGUAUUCCGUUACCGUUGGCUCGGAACACCAGUACUUUCACUACUAUGCUAAUGCUUCAAUCAGCACCGCGAGCGCAGAGGCGGAAUGAUAGAUAACCUUCUCCGGAGAUUGCAGAGGCACGAGAACAGAUGGCGCACAUUUAUUUCGGAGCGAGAGGAACGUUUCAAUGGCCUCUGUGAUGGCUGGAAUGGAAUCCAGCACACCAGUCCAACGAACGAGGAUGCAUAGACUAUCUACCUCUACUCACAGCUUGGUUCAAGCUUAGUCGAGGCGUGGACGAAGACGACGAAAUAGCAAAAGAAUAUCUAGCAGGCUUGCAACAACAUCUAGUUCUAUCUGGCGACCAGUACCAGAACCGCAGGAGAUACAAUGUAUAUGCUUGCCAGCUACCCGGGCCGACUGGUAGCUGUGUGUCCGCUUCAGAGGGGGGAAGACAGGCCAAACAAGCAACAAAGGACACACGGAGAAAAUGAUGUACAUAGUGGGUGCUAUAAAGUUCAAUACUGAUUGGUCCUUCUGCGAUCCAUCUCUUAGCUACAGGUAGUUGUGGAAAUGCAGCAGCAGAUCAAUUCCACAUAGUUUUCAAGCACUGCUGCAAAGACGCUGGUCGAAGUCCCGAGCCGUUCAAUCUGGUUUUGGAUGAUUGUCUGCUGGGCAGCAGCCAGCUUGUGGAGCUUUUGAAGUUGGGAACUCUUGGUCCUUCUAGGAAUUCCAAUACUAGAUCUCUCCACACCCAAGUCAUCAUCUUCUUCCUCAAUCUCACCUUGAAUGUCACUACUGGUAUCAUCAUUGUCCUCCUCACUCGAAACUUCCAUCUGUAUGCUCUGCUCUCCUUCCUCCUUUUCUGAUUCCAUCCCCAAUUGGGCAGUUCUCCUCCUGUAGGCCUUGUCUUCAGUUGUGGAUUCGGUGUCAUCAUUUUCUGCAGCAGCUUUCUUUGUGGGAGUAGCAUUCCAUUUCCUGGAGUAAGCUUGAAGUUUUUGACCUUGGCAUUUUGUGGCUCUCUUGAGCUUCAUUGCUGGAGGCUUGCUAGUCAUUUCUUCAUCAGAAGGUUGUUCAUCGUCAGCCUCUUGUUGAGUUUCUUCUAUUGACUCCAUCUCAUCUGUACCAUCAUCAUCAUCAUCGUCAUCUUCAUCCAAAUCAGAAUCCUUGGAAUUGGCAGCUGCUCCUCCCUUCCUUGAUGUUUGAGAUGACGAACUUUGUCCAGGUUGUGCAACACGAGAGGAAGAAUUGUCUCCUAAAACCCAAGUGAAACCAAAGUCUUGUAGCUUUUGAAAUCUCUCCUCAUGAAGCUCACCUUUGUUGUGAUAAUAUCGCUGCCUGGAGACCCAUUUGCCUAGUUUUCCAUCACGCUGUGGUACAGUCGUACCCUGCAGUGACCAUUUUCCUGGUGGAAUUUCUUCAGGUUGGCAAACAUGGCCAGCCAAUCUUCUCCCAAUGGACCAGAAGUAGCAUGUACAUCCCACGUGAAACCCAGCUCUUGUAGCUUUUGAAGUUUCUCCUUGUUCAGCUUCCCUUGAUGGUAAACCGUUCUCUGUGUAGAGACCCAUCGGCCCAGUUUUCCGUCGGCUCUUGGUACCCUGCAGUGACCAUGCUCCUCUUGGAAUUUCUGUAGAUUGGCAAACAUGGACUGCCACCGUUCUCCCGAGGGAUCAAAAGAGUUACAUACAACCCAAGUGAAACCAAGCUCUUGCAGCUUUUGAAAUCUCUCCUUGCUCAGAUUCCCUUUGUUGUAAAGCCAUCCCUGAACUCUGACCCAUCGGCCUAGUUUUCCAUUUGUUGCUGGUACCAGACAGUGCCCAUUUUCCUCUUGGAAUUUCUUCAAUUCAGCAUACAUUGUUUCCCAAGUUUCAUCACGUGCAGACCAACAAAAUCCAAUGGCAUCAAGGGCAUCCACUCGAUGUUUGGGCAUGUUUUGAAUAUGCCGCUGAUUUGACACCCGCCAUUGGCCAAGUCCUAAAUGACAGUUUGGGACUCUGCAGUGCCCAUUCUUCUCCUUGAAUUCUUUGAGCUUCUCCAGAUUGUCAUACCAUGCUUCAUCAUCUGGUGGAGGCAUCUUGCAGAGUAUCUUCAACGGUAUCCCGAAUAUCUCCCUCCAGGAGAAAUACCCCACUGUAAAUACACCGGUAGAUCGAAGAGUCGCCAACUAUGGAGUUGGCUUGUUGCAGAUUUUGUUGUUUGGUGUGUCAAUCAAUCAAUCAAUGGUUGGUCCUCGUUUUAGGGUUACAGGCUAACCAUACCGUACCAGACCGUUUUCACUCAGGCUCUAAAACAAAAAUUGAAAUUUCCACGCCUGAGCACCGUUUG